CAGCUGCUCGGUGUGUAUCGUGUAUACGUAAAUUGUAUCGACGUCGACGAUUACGUUGUCUACGUGUCAGUGUUCCAGUUAGAAACUCCAAAACAGUUACAUACUUCACAGUCUGUUGUGUGGAAGAGAAGGUAUACCACGUUGUAGUGGUUGGUCGUGUUUGUCCAAUUUUAUAGUGAUUGAACGGCCGAAGUUUAGGGUAACAAACCACCGUAAAAAUUAUUUAAAGUUAAUCAAUAAGUAAUAGACUAUUAAUAUAUAAAAAAAUGGUAAAGCCGGUCAGAAAAAACUCAAACAAAAAUCCCCCGAUUUUGAGUCACGAAUUUAUUAUUCAAAAUCAUGCAGAUAUUGUCUCCUGCGUGGCUAUGGUAUUCGUGGUUGGCCUCAUGAUUCAGGCUACAUCACCACUGGCCUCAGUUUUCAUAGCUCUUCAGCACAAUGUGACAGAAGCUGGUGAAAUUCCAUUGUACAGUCCUGGCGUGAAAGAUUGGGCAGGUGUAUUUUUUUACAGUUUGAUUUGUAUUGUGAUCCACGCCAUCAUUCAGGAGUACGCUUUGGAUAAAAUAUCCAAAAAGUUGCAUUUGUCCAAAUCAAAACUUGCGGCGUUUUCUAAUAGUGGACAGCUGGCAGUGUUCUUUUUGGUAUCCACAUUUUGGGGCGCCGAUAUUGUUUUAAAAGAACAUUAUUUGCCUGAGAUUGCGCGGUUGUGGUCUGAUUAUCCAGCUCCUAUGCCAUUCCUUGUCAAACUAUACAUUAUCAUACAGCUCGCUUAUAGUCUUCAUGAAUUGCCUGAACUGUACUUCCAAAGAGUAAAACGGGAGGAGUAUUCAUCAAAGGCUAUUCAGAGUAUUGUCACUCUACUUUUAAUAGCUCUUCCUUACUUUUUAAACUUUAACCGUUUAUUGGUUUGUCUUUUAUUGUUACAUCAUGCAUCAGAACUAUUUUCUCACAUUUCCCAGCUGAUUCAAACUAUUGAUAAAGAUGAGAAGUUUUCAAAAGUUGCACGUUUAGUGUCCAAUGUUUUGCAAUUCUUCGCUCGUCUAGGAAGCAUAAUUUUGGCUAUUUUAACUCUAUGGCAUGGUUUAUCAAAAGGUGACCAACAGCCACUUGAUAUUCAAAAUGGUUACUUUAAUACACCUACAAUUCGUCUUUCAAUUUUAUCACUGAUUUUAGGUUUGCAAAUGUAUUUGAUAUUUGAGGUUAUUAAGCAAGAAGUUGCUCGUUCUCGUGAAAACAAAGUAUAUACAACUGUUCCCAAACCUAAGGUGCAAAAAAAAGAAAAGUCAAAAAAAAAUAAAAAAGUUAGUCAUGAAGAGUCUGACCUUCCUGAAGUUGACCAAAAUACUAACAAGACUUUGAGACAUAAACAGAAAGUAAAAUAAUUGUUUCCUUUUUUUUUGUAUAUCAUAUAUGUGUAAUUAAACCAGACUUUACUGCUGGUGACUGUUUGUUUUCUACAUAAAAAUAAAAACGAAAUUUAAGUUU